AUGUCAUUCUCCAACUCGGGCGGGACGUUGGCUCUGCCAUCUCCCACGCAUGGCCAUCAGAUUGAUGUUACCUCUGCUGUCCGCACCCUCCGCCGCUCUCUGUCGCGAUCCCCCUCCAAAUUUCUCUCUCGCACAAGCUCACAAAGCUCCGACCAUUCGUUGCCAGCCUCGCCCAGAACUCCUUCUAGACGCUUUGUGCUCACGCCGAAACACCAACACCGGCUUGCUUCUGCGCAUCCCCAGUCUGCACCUCCUGCGCCGCCACCUGUGCAGUCUACUACGCCCUUGCAGCCGCCCGUGUUGACGCCGCUCCGUCCUAGCGUCCGCCUUUCGCUGCGCAGCGCGAAGUCAACAAAAACGCUCUCCCCCGCCCGCCAGCUGGCACGCCGCGCCUCGCCCAAGAGCCCGAUCAAACGCAGCCUCAACAACACCUCGGAUUCCAUCAACUACGCGCGUCCCGCCACGUCGGCAUCCCCUCGAGCUCGGUAUUCGCCUGGCCAGGAAAACCCAAGGAGCUGCGCCGCCAUUCUCAAGAGUCUCGAUAAAAAACCGUCGCGCCACAGUCUUCAUCUAGACGUUUCGGGCUCCUCCCAGUCGGCAUUCCUCAAGGCUCUGGACCUUACUCCCGAAUACAUGGUCUCGACCACUGGUGCCCUCAAGCGCAGUGAUGCGACUAUGAACCUUGAUCAUCCCAAUCAAGGCAGCCCGGUGGCCAAACGCCGCAGCAUGCACGGCAUCGCCACCUUGGGCACCCCAGAAGGCUUUAGCAUUUUUGGCAGCAACACCACCUCGUCACAAAGUUUUGACAUUCACGAGGACGCGCAUCCUGAAUACGAGCUAUCAGCGAUGCCUGUAGCUUUUCACGGCGACGCUUUCUCUUCCCCCUCAUCCUCAUCUUCCGUUCCUAAGCGCUCAUCUUCUCUCCGCAAAUCAACCCUGCAGCAGCGAUCUUUGGGUAGACGCACUGGUGAGCGCCAACUCGCGCAGCUGGCCUCCGACCCCUCGACUCCCGGUAGAAGCAGGCCACGGCUAUCUACCGACCACUUUGUACCCCCGCAGGUGCCUAGAGAUAGCCCAUUCUCUAAUGUGUCUCCUCUACCAAACGCAUCCAUCCACCCGAUGGAUAGCAAAUCGCACCAACCCCAUCCUCUCUCCAAGACUUUAACCACGUCUUCCUCUGGAAACAGCUUGACUGAAGAGGAGCCUGCUCUUUACGCACCAGUCAGGCCCAGCUUUGAACGACCAAAACCACACCCCUUCUCGCGCUCUCUUCCUCUUAACGCCACCCGUCCUACCGCGCGACCCACGCAUGACCACACAAAGGCGGUUGCCACGCCAAACCACACAAAUCUAUGGAUUGGCGCCUUCAACUCGACUGGCCUGAUUUCGAAGGUGAACCGAAAUCCUGAGGAGGAGGCUGACAAGAAAUUUGCGCCGCCUGACACGCCAUGCAAGAAGCACAGCAACCCGUUUGCAACUUUCCCCCCUCAAGCGGGCAGCGGCCUGAGAAAGCGAGGCAACAGCAGGGGUUCCUUUGCUGGUAUGCCAUCUACACCAUUUUCGGCUGCACCUAUUCGUGCCCCCGACACAUUUGGCAAUACCGCAAAGGGAAUGAACAUUUUCCAGCGCGGCCCGUCUGGACUCGGUGCUCGUCGGGGCAGCGUCCUCAGUCUCGAUGGCGAGGAUCGCGCGCUGUUUGGCGAAAAUACCGAUCUUACCAGCACCUUGGACACCGACAUUCCGCCAACGCCUACCAAGAAUCUAUUGACCCCCAGUCUGAGCAACCUGAGUGAGCAGUCUCUCGAGAGUCCCAGUGCCAACCGUACGUUUGCGCUACCUCCGCUCUCUGCUGUCAAGCAGAUCCCUCCGAGAUCAUCAACCGCGUCUCCUAUUGAGAGACAACGUACUCCUCAGACUCCGCACGAGGGUAUGCUACCGCUUGAUACAAGCAGGCUCUCCCUCUCACAGAUUCACGAAUCCGCCGAGAACUCGAUGCCACCUCCCGUCACACCCACCGCUGGCAGAGACUUUCGCUCUUCUACCAGCAUCUUUGUGACUCCUGUCAACGACCGCACCAGUGACCUCGACAUCGAUGCCAGCCUGUACUCAAAGUUUGACAAGGUCGAGCAGGUGGGCAAGGGCGAAUUUUCAACGGUCUACCGUGUCACCAAGACAAACCAGAACCUAUUCUCUGGGUCGCUGUCUAUGACGCCAGGUCAAAAUCUUGGUCAAAGCCCGACGAAGAGCCAGGUGUACGCUGUGAAGAAGAGCAGACACUCUUACCACGGCCCCAAGGACCGUGAGCUCAAGCUACGUGAAGCCCGCAUCCUUCAAGCCUUGUCCCAUGCUGAGCAUGUCGUCCACUACAUUGAUGACUGGGAGCACAACUUUCAUCUUUACAUCCAAACGGAGUAUUGCGAGGAAGGUACGCUUGAGAAGUUUCUCGGCAAUGUCGGCCGUGGUGGACGCUUGGACGAUUUCCGCAUCUUCAAGAUCCUGCAGGAUCUCUCUCUGGGCUUGAAGGAGAUCCACGACGCUGGCUUCAUGCACUUGGAUAUGAAGCCCGCCAAUAUUCUCAUCAACUUCGAGGGUGCUCUGAAGAUCAGUGAUUUUGGUCUGGCACAAGCCUGCUCCGCCACAUCGAGUGUGGACACUGAAGGCGACAGAGAGUACAUGGCCCCCGAAAUGCUCAAGGGCCAGGUCGGUCAGCCUGCUGAUGUCUUUUCUCUCGGACUCAUCACUCUGGAGGUUGCAGCCAAUGUCGUGCUUCCGGACAACGGUCCUACCUGGAUUGCACUCCGAUCUGGAGAUCUUUCAGAAGUUCCCAGUCUUACUUGGACGCCCUCUAGCGAAGUACAGCGUGAUGCCAGCGGUGUUCCCCUUGAAGUCGUGCACAGCAGCGAGCUGUUGGCCAACAAGCACAGCAGAGGAAAUGUGCCGGAUGCCUUCAAGAACCGCGAUUUUGGCCAGCAACCUACCUUCAUGGUGGAUGCCUUCCACCCAAGCUCUCUCGACUCCAUUGUUCGAUGGAUGACCGCUCAGGAACCCGGCGACAGACCCCGCAUCGACCAAGUCUUGGAGUUUGAGGGCCUGCAGUGGGUUGCUGAACACCGCAAUGCGCCUGCAACCGUCUAUGAAGGAAGCUGGGGACUAGAAGAUAUGCCUCCGGUCGCUAUUGCCGUCGAUAGCGAUACCGAAAUGACGGAUGUCUAA